AUGCCCAUCAUCGCAGCGCUCCAAUCAGAGGCUGCGGAUCGCGGGUACCUCGGAGAACGGCUGCGAGCGCGCCAGGCGGGCAGGAGCCGCCACCACCGCCCUCCUCGCCGCUCACCUGCCCCGUUCCGCUCCUCACCCGCCCCUCCCCGCCCCGCGUCCCCCCGGCGCCGGAGGGAGCCCGGUCCCGCCGGAGCGGUGCCGAGGGGAGAGCACGGCAGCGGCACAGGCUCGGUGAUCGGGACGGGCGGGGGGUCCGUCAGCGCAGGGACAGGACGGGUGGUCAGCCCGGGACGGCCGGACCGGCUUAGGGGGUCGCUCGCUGCCGUCGCUCCUCGCGGGGCGGCGGCCGGGGCGUGGGGAGAGGAGGAGGCUCGCACCCCGCAUCCCGCACCCCGCAUCCCGCCGUGGAGCCCGAGGGGAGAGAGGAGCACCGAGUGCGGCAGCGGCUGCCGGCAUUCGCUGGGGUGGGCAGGCAACCAGAGACAGGAGUCGCACCGGCGGCUGGGAACGGGGAAUCCGCUCCGCGGAAACCUCGGGGUCAGAGAUACCUGGCUCAAAGGGGUUUUGAGGGGAAGGGGAAAUUGAAUGUAGGCGCGUUUUGGUAGUUUUGCUGAAAUAAUCAAGUGCCGAAGGCAGAUCUUAGGCAGAUCAGGUAGAGGGAUGGAUCCCGCUGUUUUGGAUGCCGGCUUGAAUUUUUUGUUUACUUUUCUGUUUUGACCACUGCUAAAUGUGGAUUUUGCGAGCGAACCCGAUGGCGGUUGUUCCAUUGUUCCUUGUUUGAACGUAAAUCUUAGUCUUGCCGCUUGUGGAUUUAUUUAUUUAUUUAUUUAUUUAUUUUUGGAAAGGACCAUUCCAGGUAGCUUUUGCGUCUGACAAAAUGAAGCCUUUGUAUUUUUCAGUCAAUUAUACCUAAUAUUGACAUUCUGUUUGGUGCAAGAGACUUAAAGUGCUGCCUCACUCAGAGGACCAUUAAAGACUUUCUCGGUCUCUACAUGUAGCUGAAUGUGUUACGACACAUCCUUUCUCCCCCACCAAAUCUUCCUAAAGAUUUUUCCAAAA